AUGGAAGCAUUCGAAUUCCUUCACAAGCUGACAAAAUAUUUCAUGAUUAUAGUUAUAUUAACUUCGCUACAAAAUAAUACACCAAUAAGCUGUACCAGUGGUUCUUCGUAUUCUGUGAAAGUUAAAAAAUAUGUCUGUAUCGAUACGCCAUAUAAAGAAUCGACACUUCAUUCGUGUAAAAGUAUCCCGCGAAGAAACGCGCCUACGAUGGUCCAUAUAAUCAUACAUGUUCCAAAGUUAUACGAUAAAAUUUUGGUGAAAGUUAUGUUGUUCUACAAAUUUAGUACUUAUCAACCAUUCCUCAUUACUAUCGAGGGAAACGCUUGUGAAUACAUUCGACAUCCACCACAAUUUGGGCUUGAAAAGCAUGUGUACGAUAUAAUUGAAGACACAGUUCCAGAACUGCUAGCUCCUUGUCCAACGGGCAACCAUACCUACAACAUUACUUGGUACCUUCAGGAUCGUCACGCACCGAAAAGUAUUCCAGCCGGAGAAUACAAACUGCAGUUUAAAUUAAUAGCACGACACAAUGUCACCAUAUUUGCAAUGGAUGUAUAUGCUGUAAUUCAUAAUAUAGGAAUCGUUUCCGCAUUUAUGAACCAAUGA